AUGUUCGAGACCACGCUGACCCUGCCGCGCACCAGUGUGCUCACGGAAUCACCACUGGGCAGCGCCGGCACUGGCGGGGCCGGGCCCUCCACAUCGACGGCAGCGGUCGCCGUUCAGACGACCAAACGCCGACGAAGACGGCGUAAUAAAAGGCGCCGCAAGUCCUCACUGUCCAGCAGCACUGAUGCCCCCUCCUCCCGCACCUAUGAUCCCGUAAUGACGGGCAGCAGUCUCCGUUCAGCGGCCGCUGCGGUGGCAGCUUCGGUCAGUGUGGGCACAGGGCCAGUGCGUCGGGGGCGGCAUCGCAGCAGUGGCGGCGGGGUCAGCUCAUCUUCGCGGUCUGCACAGGGAACACAAGCAGCAGCAGCAGCAGUGGCGUCGGCGGCAGCAGCAGCAGCAAGGGCGGGGGAGGAAGAGGAGGCGACGGGGCAAGAGGAAGCUGAAGCGGAGGCGGCAGAGCAAGAGGAAUUAGAGGCGGGAACGAUGAGUGAUGGCAGCAGUGCGUCCAUGUUCGGGGAUCCGCAGGACUUCUUCGAGACGCUCGACUAAAUCUAGAUUAUUUACAAUUCGUAGUAGGUUAAAUUUUGUUGUUACUUUCCCCGCGUUCUCAUUUAUUUCAAACACAAUGCCCUUCUUUUAAUUGUUCGAGCGAGAAAUAUGCUAAAGUGCGCCACGGUGAUGAUGAUUUUGGCGUGAUUUUUAAUAUCUUUUAACAUAUAAACCACACAUAUUUUAUAUAGUCUCUCUCUAAGCAUAAAGUGUGUAAUAUUAUGAUGUAUCCUUCCGCAACUUCUCUUCUCCACGCCCCAAAAUAUAAUCUAGAAAGCGAACUAGUUAAGUGUUCAUCCAUCUAAUUAGCACGUUGGAAUAUAGGAAACCCAUAGUUGAUUGGUAUAAACAUAAACGUAGUAGACUCUCCUCCGAUUUCCAGUGUUUUCUCUGCGAUUUUCUCAUCAUCUUUGUGGCAAGGCUAAGCGCGCGAGCAAGUGAAACAUUUCAAGUGUAAUAUUUUCUCUAUAGGGUUUAAGCAUAUUAAAUUUACUCUAUAAAUAUAUAUAAUGUAUACACAGAUCAGGCAAGGCAAGCGCAGAUAUACCAUUCAACUGGAUAAUCGUUUAAAUAUAUAUUGUAUGGAUGUGUAUUUCAUGAAAA